ACUUAACUUCGGUAUUUAAGAUUUUCUUAUAUACUAUUUGCGCCGUACAAAUUAAGGUCUUUUUUAGAUUGUGUAUCAAUCCAAGCAACAUCCGAAGGGCGCUGUCGCGUUGACUAAAGCCUUAUUAGGAGUCUAGGAAAACACACCUUUUGGAGAUAACUUUUGACGUUAUACUCAUAAAUAUUAGCUCACUGCCGACUGAAGACGUGAUAAUUUGCCCAAGCGGAAGAGCUUAGAUUGUGUCUCUGUCAGCUUUUGGUGUCCAAAAUACAUAUGGCGAUAAGUCCAGAGACUCCAGAAGUUCCUUCAAAUUGUGGAAAGCGAUUGGCUGCCCAUUAUAUACAUCAAGUUGCUAUCGAUGAUCCUCAUCGAAUAUGCAUAUCCAUACCAUUGACUUCGGAGCCACGUGAUGGAUUCGAGGACAUUACGUUCUGUCAACUUGACAAAGCUAUAGAUGUCGCCUCGAUAUGGGUUGAAAAAGAAAUUGGCAUAGGGAAAGACUACGAGUCUAUUGCCUACAUUGGUCCACAUGAUCUGCGGUAUAUAGUAUUAAUGAUAGCUGCGAUCAAAACUGGACACAAGGUAUACCAUUUUCUUUAUCAUCAUUUUCAAUAAUGACUUACUUUUGACAGCUUUUUGUACCAUCCCCUCGAAACAGCCUAGAGGCUCACGUCAAAUUACUAAAAGACUACCGAUGUGAGAACUUUCUGUUUGCAGGGGAUUCACCGUCUUCUCGCAAAAUUGUAAACGGCAUUCAAAAUCAGAUCGAUCUUCGAACCACAGCCGUUCCUACCUUGGAUUACUUUUUCCAUCCUUCAUUUGAUGUCCCCCAUUAUGAGUAUACCGCAACCUAUGAUGAAGCGAGGUUUCAGCCUUUCGUCGCAAUGCACACAUCUGGGACCACAGGGACACCCAAGCCAAUUGUAAUCCCUCAAGGUGUUAUUACGGGUCUUGAUGCUUCUCAAAAAGCUCCUUCACUUUAUGGCAUUCGCACAGGUUCUGAUUACUGGCGAGGCUUACGAUGCUUCUUACCAUUCCCAUUAUUUCGUAAGUAUCACCUCUUCUAAUCUUCAGCUCCAAAUUGGACGUUCUGAUUUAUGUUUACGACUGAAACAUCCGACUGAAACAUCCCUUCCUCCAAAGAGCUUGUAUGGAUAUAUUUCUUACGUAUUACCAUGAACAGAUGCCGCGGGAGUGAGUAGGGUUAUGACUGCUUUAUUCUUUAAUCAGAUAGCGGUAUUUCCACCUCCUGUUCCCUUAACUGCGGAAAUAGCGAAUGAGGUUCACAUGCAUGGUAACGUGCAGGCCGCGGACCUGCCUCCUUCAGUUCUAGUUGAAAUCUCAAAGGUUCCUGAAUAUCUAGAUAACCUUCGUCAUCUCACCCACAUCAUGACAGGUGGAGGACCAUUGCCCAACAGAGCUGGAGAUAUCAUCAACUCUCAUACCCGGUUAUUUGUGAGUUUUGGAUCGACCGAGACAGGGCAUAUUCAAGGUGCUGUACCACCCAAAGAGAAUGUAAGCAUUCGACAGCAGUAUUCUCUUUUCGCGAAGGACUUUUUGUAAAAAGCUUACUCCAAAUUUGAUACAUCGCUAACAAAGUCAUAUUUAAUCAGUGGGAUUACUUCGAUUUUUCCACGGCAUUUGGUGUUGAAAUGCGCCAUCACUCAGAUGAACUCUAUGAAUUCGUCAUCAUUCGUGAUCCAUCAGUAGAAGCUUAUCAGGGAAUCUUUUAUACAUUUCCUAAUCUUUUAGAAUACAAAACUCGCGACCUUUUUUCAAAGCACCCCACAAAGAAGAAUCUCUGGCGUCACGAGGGCCGUUCCGAUGAUAUCAUCGUCUAUUCUACAGGAGAAAAGUUCAAUCCAAUCAGCAUGGAAAAUGCUCUGAACUCUCAUCCAGAGGUCAAAAGUGCUAUAGUUUCUGGUACUAAGAAAUUUCAAUCAUCCUUGUUAAUUGAGCCAGCCGAUCCGAAGAAGUCUAGGGACUCACUCCUAGAUGAAAUAUGGCCAACGAUAAAAACCGCAAACAGUAAUUGUCCCGCGCACGCACGAAUAAUGAGCAAAGAUUUUGUAACGUUUACCAAGAAGGAUAAACCAAUUCCUCGAGCUGGGAAAGGAACAGUGCAGCGAAAGCAGGCUGAAAAGCUAUACGAGACAGAACUCAAUGAUCUUUAUGAACCGAAGAGUGCUGGGCACCACGCGAACGGAAACAACACAAAUGGGAACAGCUGCGCUCCUCAGGAAGCCAGUUCCGACCUGCAGAGUACAAUUCUUCAGACCGUAUCAAGUUUGCCAGGGUUCGAAAAUUUCUCUUCAUCUGAUGAUUUCUUUGAGCAGGGUUUGGACUCUCUAGGUGUAAUAUCCUUAGCGAGAGCAUUGAAUUCGGCAUUCGAAUCCCAGAGUCCUCCACGCAAAUCAAUACCAGAGUCAAUGAUAUAUGCAAAUCCAAGUGCAGAAAAAUUAGCACGCGCCUUAUCCGGUGGCGCCAAAAAUGAAAAUGGAAAUUAUGAUGAAAUGAAGAAAGAAUACGAACGUUUCGUAUUUGACCUACCUAUUGUUGCUCGACCAACGAUACCGAUUAAGGGACCCAAGGUAUUUCUAUUAACUGGAUCUACUGGCUCCCUAGGCUCGUACAUUCUGAGUACUUUACUUGAGGAAGAUAAGUCGUGCAAGAUUUACUGUCUGAAUAGAGGCGAGGACUCUGAGGAACGCCAGCAUAGAUCUAACACUUCCAAAGGUCUGUCUACAAAUUUUGAACGUGUGGAAUUCAUCAGCAUGGCAACUGGUCCCGCGGAGCCUUGGCUAGGUAUGAAAAUCGCACAAUACAAAAAGUUACUCAAUGAAGUCACGCACAUCAUCCACAAUGCAUGGCAUGUUGACUUUAACGUAUCGCUUAGUCAAUUGAGUGCUACGCACAUCCGUCGCGUUCGUCAAUUAAUUGAUUUCUCUGCACAUUCCAAAUACGGUUGUUCCAUCCACUUUAUUUCCAGCAUUAGCACAGUUGGAAACUGGGAUAUUAAUGCUAAUAAAUCAAGCUCGUCGAUUAAGGGUGACUAUCUAGCACAAUCGCACCAGAACCCGGAACAAACAUCCGCGCAACCCCUUGUGCCGGAACUUCCAUUCGAAGAUUGGUCACUCCCUCAAGGUUUAGGGUAUGGACAAGCGAAAUUUAUCGCGGAGAGAUUAUUCAUCACCGCAUGUCGAAUUUCCCAAAUCCCCAUCUCCAUCUACCGCGUAGGACAAAUCGCCGGUCCCAUUACAAAAAACAGCAAAGGAAAAUGGAACGAGCAGGAAUGGUUCCCACUAAUUCUAAAAUCCUCAAAAUACAUGAAAGUACUCCCAUCUACACUCGGACCACUAGAAACCAUCGAUCCCGUCGAUAUUCUCGGAAAUGUAAUAUACGAACUUGUUACAACGGCGUCUUCUAAUUCCAACUCCCAAUCUCAAAUAUCGGUCUCCAAUAAUUCUACGAUGGCUUCUACUUCUACAUCUACACUAAACCCAAUAAUCUACCACCUCACAAACCCCCACCGAACAACUUACUCCCGCACCAUCCUCCCACAUCUCAAAUCCCUCUUCGAGUCCGCGCUCCCCACAAUAUCUUUCAGUGAAUGGGUACAACAUCUUCGAAAUACUGCCGCCUCUACGAAUAAAAUUUCAGAUGAAGAAAUCAGAGAUAAUCCCGCUGUGAAGAUCCUUUCAUUCUAUGAGGAUUUGGUGCAGAGGGAAAAAGAGGGGAGAAAGCAGGUUUGGCUUGAUACGAGGAGAGCGGUGGAAAAGAGUAAGACGUUGAGGGGUUUGAGGGAGGUGGAUGACGUGUGGGUGAGGGGGUGGUUGUGGCAGUGGGGGUAUAUUUCUCAGGAGGGGGUUUUGUAAUCUUAUCUUGAGACUUGCUUGAGAUUAGAUGGUUUAUUUGUGUUUGUUUGAUUGAUUUCAAGAAGUCGAGUUAAACAGCUUUUGAUUUUAAUUUUGGUUUUAGAGGUUUCGAUUGAGCAGAAUGAGUGUAUAAAGGAGAGCAUAUAUGUAAUCUUAUAUGGUUCAUGGUUCAUGGUAUGCCGGAAUAUUCGUUUC